CCGCAUCAUGGUGAAUUCAGCACUCGUAACCUUGGAGGAACAUGAUAUUCUAGACCCAAAUCAGGGAGGUCCUUACGACAUUUGAAUUGUUAAGCCUCCAGAGUCCUCGAAGAGAACGCUGUCUGCUCUUCCCACCUUCAGAGCUCUGACUCUUCCCCGUCCGCCUUCUGGGCAAGUGCGACUUUUCCUUUCGUUGCAUCUCUUUGCUCUGCAUGGUCUUUUAGUUCGUUGACCAUAGCAGCCUCAUCUGCUUUUUCUUCCUAUUCCGAUGCUGCUUGCCGCACUGGUGCUGCUCGGCUCGCUGGCCUUGGGCGCGCAGGUCGUUUCCUCUUCAAAGUUCGACACGCUCAAGUUUUCUUCCAUUGAGCAGUGCGGGUCUUUCAACGUUUCUUUCGUCGGCUCCUCCAUCAACGCGACAUCCACUCUCACUUUGACCAUUCUUCCCUUCAACUCCUCCUCGAUCCCCAUCACCAUCCCUCCGUCAUCAUGGGAUUCUGCCUCCGGUGCUGCAGCUGCAGCAUUCAUCACAUUUCUCCCUAUUCCGGCCGGGUCGACGUUCAUCGCUACUUUGGACGACGCUGGAACCGGAGAAGCUGUCGCGGCGGUAUCAGACAUCAUCAAAAUCGAGGACUCCGAUGACACGUCCUGUCUUCCUUCAUCCACGGAAACACAACUCUUUUCCACUCAAUCCACCCUGUCACAGUGCGAAUCGUUCAACGUAUCGUUCAGCAAUACGAGCACCGCGCCCACCGUCCGAGCCUUCGUUCCCAACUUCUUCUCCGAAACCCUAAAUCAAACGUCGACGACGUCCAAUACGACCGGCGUGGCCAGUUACAUCCUUCCCGUUUUCAGGGGGUUUGAAGUUGCGUUUCUAUUCGAGGAUGACGACGGAAACCACCAGGUCUCGAACCUGUAUCCUGUCGGCGGAGAUGCAUCGAGUAGCACGUCGUGCUUCCCCUUCGACUUCACGGCUGCUGCUUCAUCGGCUAGCGCUACCCCAUCUCCGGGUGGGUUGUCUAGUGCUGGAGCAGUCGCCAUUGGAGUCGUUUCCGGUACGGUUGUCGGAACGAUGCUCAUUCUCCUCGGUUGGUUUUUCUGGCGCGAGCGCAGACGACGUCUUGCCCGUAAACAGAUGGAGGCGUUCGUCGCAGUCAAGCCCAGCUUAUCUGAAAAGGAGAAGCAAUUCGAUGACGAGCUCUCCAGAACCCCCCCUCCCUAUCUGUCUGCACCCCGACCAAGCCGACAGAGUCCACCGCAGAUUAUCCAGACCAACCCGGCGCAAUCCCAAUCACGAUACCUUGCCAACCCACCUUAUCGGCCAGAAGACUUCAGCUCUCCCACCUCUUCCCGGUAUUCUCAGAACACACGGGCGAAACUGUAUAGCACCGCAGACAGUGGCGUUCUCCCCGACACGCCCGCUUUCAAUUCGUCGCGGCGUACGAGAGGCCACGAUCCAAACAAUCAGUCUAUCGAGACCCUCGACAUCGAAGGCAUGCUCGAAGCGGCCACCAUUCGGACUCCUCACCCUACCGUUCUCGCUCGCGAACGUGCUCCCACUCCAGACAGCGGCAUCAUCGACGGUGCGACUGUGUUUGCUUCACCAAGGAUAGGAGUCAGCGCCACGCCAACUCUCGCGUCAGCUCCGGCCCCCGUAGUAAACACCAGGAUUCUGAGCUCGAAGAGGAGCGACGAGAACCUAGACGUCCCUCUCUCGGCGACCGACUUCGGACGAUUCUCGGACGUCGUUAUGGAUUACCCUCGAGAAGCUCUCACCCUUGCUCGUGGAGAGUCGCCGAACAUCCGUGGAAGGUUGCCGGUCUCUGCGACUUCGUCGUUCACGCCCUCGUUCGAUGAGGCCGGGCCGGGUGGAGUGAGGGAUAGUGGGGGGUAUGCGACCUUCAAGGCGAAUCUUGCGUCGCGUCCGGUGGCGAGACGGUCGUAG